CCGUGUGUGUUGCGUUGCGAUGCGAUGCGAUGCCAGGGCGUGUCGGCCUUAGCCUACACCCACCCGGGCUACCCAGAUCCGACGUAUCCACUCGUCUCUGUCUAUCAUGACCGUCCUAAGAUCUUCCACGUAGUCUAGUCUUGUGUCGGACGCGGUGACCCGCCAGUCCCAUUCUUCUCUCACGGACUUUGGCAGACACCAUUGGCAGGCCGGCGUACACAGGUCGACGUUCGCACGUGAUCCUGCCAGGACACGUAGAGGGCCCGCAGCAUGCGGGUGUACACCCUGUCCAGCGUUGUACAGUGGAAGGAAGAAAGUUAUGUGCAGCGACUGUGAUUCUCUUUCAUACUAAAUUCUUUGACCGGAUUUUGUUAUGAAAGAAGUAGUGAAAGACAUAUGCAGUGUGAGCAUGUGCAGAGGCAGACAAUGACAAAAAAAAAUGUCCGUUCAUUUUCCAUAGGCGAGGAUUAGAGAUUCCAGACUGGACUGGGUAGACUACAAUCGAAAGCUUCAUUGAUGAACGGAAAUGGAAGCAGGUGGUGAUUCCUCGCCCCAGAAUGAUGACGAGAUUCCAUCGGCCUGUGUGACGUAGAUGGAGCUCACUCCUCGUAGCUUAUCACGUCGGACAAAUUGUUAUCACCAACAACAGACUGUUAAUGUUAUUAGAAUUUUUCAUAUCGCGCGUUUAGAGGCCGCAAUGCUCUGAGACUGGCUUAAGUAACCACAGCGAGAACAACCUUCACUAGUAUUGUGCCGAUGAUGUACGAUGGAAUGAGACGCACGAGCUGACACGAUACUUUCAUGGCUUGAAAUAAUUAAAUUCUGGUGCCCUGCCGCAGAUGAAUGUGAAAUAUUUGCCACUUGAGUCCAUGAUUUAGGCUGUACGAUUGUAGCUUUUGCCUGAUUUGUAGUUUCAACUCGAGUGGUUGGAUUUGUGUUCAAACGGCAAGAUGGUUUCAGGAAGGAUAAACUCGGCCUGCUCGCGGUUUUGGACCUCGACCAAGUCCCUGAUCCAGGACUGCAUGCCGCGUAGAGUCCUGGACGACAUGGAGCCCAUCAUCCCUGAGGAAGAGCGACAGGCCGCGGCUGCACGGCUCAAAUCUCGCCUGCGCCUGGCUCGCCUGAGCGGUGCAGUCUGCGGCAUCGAGUUCUGCUACGCGGCCGAGACGGCCUUCGUAAGCCCCGUGCUGCUACGCAUCGGCAUCCCGACGCGCUUCAUGACACUGAUCUGGUGUCUGAGUCCAAUCCUGGGCCUGUUCCUGAUGCCACUGUUGGGCUCUGCUAGUGACCGCUGUAAGUCCCGUCUCGGACGGCGCCGGCCGUUCAUCAUUCUACUGUCCAUUGGGGUUGUGUUAGGACUCAUUCUUGUUCCGUACGGCUGGCCGGCGGGACAGGUGUGUGGAAUCUCCGCCUAUCGCACAAUGGAUACGAGGGGUGUGGAUACUUUACCACGGUGGGAAAAUGCGACAACUACUUGGCCGACUUCCACGGAAACUGACAUACCUCUUCGUGAUGCUAUAAUACAGGCACUGGAAGAAUUACUUUCAUCCAAGCCAGUGUAUAAUGAUUCAUCUGAGAGUAGGGACAUUGAAGAUGUGACCGAUGAGGGGUACUUUAGCCCUAUACCUACACAGCCUUCAUCAGAUGUAACUGCUGUCUACCGGAGCACUCCGGAUCUACCGUCGCCGAUCAGGGCCUGCGGUAUGGCAUUUACAAUUCUCGGUGUCAUGAUGUUGGAUUUCAACUGCGAUGCUGCCCAGUCGCCAGCCCGGGCUUAUCUUAUCGAUGUGACCGAUCCAGCAGACCACGCUAAGGGCCUGGCUACCUUCAGCUUCAUGGCCGGUCUGGGAGGGGCCAUCGGCUACGCUAUCGGCGGCAUACCAUGGGGACCAGCCACCGACGACGACCCAGUCAGUCUUCAGGUUCGUGUCGUCUUCGGGAUUGUUCUCUUCAUCUUCGUGGUGGCCGUGAUUCUGACCGUCACAGCCGAGAAAGAGAGGACUCUAUACGAGCUCUAUCCUCAGGAGAAAAGACGCCAAGUCAUGGAGAAGAGACGCAGUCUGGAGGGAGGCUACGAGAAGAUGCAGGAUGGCAGACAUCCCAGGGCAUUGACUGAAAAGAUGGAGAUGGGAACCUUGAAGCAGAAGAUGAAGAGCUACGGAUCCAAUGUUCCCAAUCCGGAAAUAAUCACCACGUUUGUCGACAACAAGGAUGUCGAUGCCAACCUUGACCCAAACCAGGACCUUAGCCUCGCAAACGGUUCAAUCCAAACGGGCAAAUACAAGGUCCUCGUUGAGACAGGAGCUGAGGAAAAGAAACAUCCUACCGAGGACGGAGAUGAUGCGGAAUCAGACCAGAGCUCUACGGCUGAUGACUGGGACGAGGAACCGCCGACCAUCACCAUGUCCACCUACCUCCUGUCUAUCGUCUUCAUGCCCUGGUCGCUCCGCAUCCUCUGCCUCACCCAUCUUCUUGGCUGGAUGUCUCUGCUCUGCUACUCAUUGUACUUCACAGACUUUGUGGGCCAGGCCGUGUACGGGGGCGACCCCACGGCCCCGCCGGGCUCCGUGGCCAGCCUCAGGUACGCCGACGGAGUGCGGAUUGGAUCCUUCGCCAUGGCCAUGUACUCCCUGACUUGCUCCGUGUGCUCGUACAACGUAGACAGGCUCAUCAAUAAAAUAGGUGCCAGACCGGUCUACAUUGGUAACCAUCUCAUCUAUUCCAUCAGUAUGGUCAUCCUGGCCAACGUCAGGACUGUAUGGGCCGCUUUCCUCUUCUCCGCCUGUGCCGGCAUCCAGUACUCCACGCUCUUCACCUUGCCGUUCGUCAUACUUGCUCACUACCACUCAAGCAAAGUGUUCGAAUCCCCCUCCAGCCGUUGUGAGUCUGGUACCUCAGGUGGCAAAGCUAGCAAACACACGGUCAGGGGUCUUGGUACCGACAUCGCCCUGGUCCAAGGCAUGGUGUUCGUGGCCCAGCUCAUGCUGUCGUCCUGCAUGGGGAGUAUCGUGCAGGCGUUUGAUAGCACAGUAGCCGUGGUGGUGGCGGCGGCCAUUUUGAGUUUCCUGGGGGCAAUAUUUGCAUCUCAAGUCACUUAUGCCGGUCUAUAGUAUUGUAUAUAGCACUGAUAAUAUAAGAUUUACAAUUCAUUGUUCUUUGAAGGUGUUAGAUAAUACUGCUUAACCGACAUUAGGGUGGAUACCAACCUCGUCCCCAUAAGGCUUAAUUUAUUUUCAACCUCGUUUCCAAUAGUAAGCCCUGGAUAGGAAACUUUCUUCCUGUAUCCUGACUCGAUACUUUGUGGUGUUAUUUCCAACGAGCAUUACGUGUUUUCACGUUCAUUCUAAUUAUUACUUCCACACCUUCCCCAAAAAAAUUCUUUCCUUUCCAAUUUGCACAUAUUAAUAUGAAAUUCAAUACUGCAUAUUGGCUGGAAAAUGUUGCAACAAGUUAGGCAGAAACUUUGAAAAAAAAGUGUUUACUCACGUCGCGACGAAUUUAUGCUGUUGUUACCCCCAGAAACCACAUACACAAGCGCUAACGUAAAGCACAGGCAGGCAUCAGACUAUUCCUGAAUUGCAUACGUUUCCAAAAAUUGUGGACAUGCAAAUGAUCCAAUACUAGGGUGAGAGAGAGAGCAGGUGGUGGUGGGCGCGUACUGCUCGAUAUCCUGGGGACGAGGUUUGGUGGAAACAAUUUCACAUGGCAUCUUGCAGCCCCGUAGAAAUGUCACUGUGAUUUCAUUUGUCAGCAAGAUGACACAUGUAGUUUUAAAAACAUCACCUUGACAAAAAUGAAAGCUUCCUCCUUGAUUUGAUUUGUUUUCUUGAAGGUGUCAGUUGGGCCGAAAUGUUUCAAUUUACUUUGUAAAAAAAAUAAAAAGAGUAAAAUGUUCUUCACUGUUUUGGCAAACAAAACCGCCAGAGGGUGUUUCAUAACAUUAUUAACAUAUUGCUUCACAUCAAGUGGUGUUUUGAUGACAAUUAUGGUUUUUAUUAACGGAACUUUUAUUUCACUUUUCAAAUUAUAAACAAGGUUUUAUUCACACCUAUAAGGUGCAGCUUUUAUUUUAUCGUUAAACCAAUUUCCUUUUUAAAUUCGUUUCUUUAAGAUAAAAGUAUCUUACACAGGGUAAAGGAGUUUAACAGAUUUACUGUGUAUUUAAUAUUAGAAUCACAAAAAAAAAACUGUUUACGAACGUUAAAUAAUAAGUAACGUUGUGUAUUAUAAAAACAAUCGUGGUUAUUGCUUUAAUUUAAGGAUUAUACUUAACAAGUAGGUGUUUAUUAACAAUCCCCUUAAAACUCUCUGGCAUGACAGUGUUUUUUCCUGUAUCUCAGUUUAGAUAAAUGUGAAACAAUACCAAACAAAUGUGGGCUUAGAUAUUGAACCUGUGCAAAAUGUUUUCUGUUUGGCAGGGUUUAUAUAAAGGUAAUAUGCAACAUUUGCUUUUGCUGUAAUUUUCAGAAAUUGAUCGAUUUGGGGGUUAGUAUUUUAUAGCAAAUAUUGUUACACUGACCUGUUUGAAGUUUUGUGUUCAUAGAUGCUGGGAAAACCAAGAAAAAAAUGAUGUUCUAGUAGUCUGGUACUCUGACUCUACUUUACAAAAUGGAGCAAUUUAUAGACGUCGGGGUGUGUCACGUCAGAUUGCAAACAAAAUGUAGACUAAAUAAAUUUGGUAAAUUGGGGGCAAUAUUUGAAAAAAGUCAGUUUUUUUUCCAACGAUGGUCGUCGAAAAUGACAGCACACCAGGUGCCAUGAUUUCACAGGAUGCUUGAGACUGUUAUUUACUUACAGUCAAGUAAGAUAUUUCAUACAUUGUUUGUAGUUUGUUAUGUUUGCAAACGUUGCAUACCACCUUCCAGUUUAAUUCACCUCUCUCUUCUGUUCGUUAAUAAAUAACAAGCGUAGCUUUUUAACUUACAGUGGGCGUCACUUCGGGAAAAUACAGUCAGAAAGAGGAAAACAAUUGUUUCUUUGUUAUGAGUUCGAGGCUAACAAUGUAACAGUUAUUUCUCAAAAUGUAAUACUGGCUUUACCGUCGUCAUAAGAAAAGUGGAUAUCUAUUGUAUCCGGAAUGGUGGCUGAUAUCGUGCCAGUAGAUUCUGUUGAUAGCAGGUAUACAGGGUGAGUCAGAAUGACCUGGACCCAAAUAGUUUUAUAAAAAAAAUAGUAUAAAGCAAUUAUUAAAACAAGUGCAAAUGAGAUAUGUUAUAGGCUGGUAUUUUGGACAUAUUUGGCGAAAGUUUUAUUUAUAUCCAUUGUACCAUUUUGAAUGAAAGCGCUAGCAAAGAACACACGCUAAAAACAUUCUGACCACGGUUCCAUGGUUCAACAAAUUUAUUGAAAAUCGCGUACCGAUGUGAAGCAGUGUAAUAAAUACAAACCUAGUCAUGGUGAUUGACUCACUUGAAAUUAAGUUGCCACAUUUAAAAAAAAGAAAAAAAAAGGCAAAACCAAUUCCGUGUGCAGACAAAAUUCCUGUGGAAGACAAGGUAAUAACCAUUCAUAUGAAGCACUCAGUUUUUCUCUCAAUAUACUCUAUUUGCCACCAAAACAAUGGUGAACCUGGGUCCAGAUCAUUCUGACUAACCCUGUAUUAUGUAGGAUAAAUGUAACAGAGAUACAAUUAAAUUGUUCUUUCGUACAAAGUGUAGUGGCAAUAUAGUUUGUAGCUGGUCAGUAUAUUGUAGUAUAGAGGGGAAAGCGUAACCAAAUAAUAUUAUAAUUAAAUUGACGUCAUUCAGUGUGUGUGAAAUAAAAAAUAUAUAUAUCUAUAUAUUUGUGUGCAAAUA